AUGGAGAGUAGAGUGGCAGACUACAAUAACGCACACCUUGAACCGUUCACAUUUUCAUGUGCAAUGGUCGUUCUGUUAGACCACCACUGUCAGUCUCUACAAUUGAAUGGCCAUACGGUUUUGAACCUCUAUGAUCGUCGUUUUGCAACAGGCUUCAGGGAUGAUCAGAAAAGCAGCCCCUGGACUCCAGAUAUCGAACAGCAGUACCAGCAAUUCGUCCUGAAAGGUGACGCAUCUGAUUUCGUCGUCCGGCUCGACAACAAUGACGGGUUUGCUGAAGAAGAAGGGGAUGGUUUUAGUAUCGCGCAGGACGAGACAUACCUCUAUACAUGGAUGCGGGACUUCUAUGAGACAGAAACUGAGGUAUACAAUACCUUGAGGGAUAGCCAGGGUGAACACGUCCUUCAACUGUUCGCAUGUGUUACAUUUCAUGGGUCAUCCCCAAUGCACGAGGCGUCAGUCAAUAAGUAUGCUGACAUACCUGGGAUUCUUUUGCAAUAUAUUGACGGGUUUCCCUUGACUGAUAUCGCUGCAUAUGCCCCCAGAGAAGCCUGGCAGCCACUCUGCGAACAAGCUAUCCGCAUCGUUCAUCAUAUCAGCGAUCGAGGUAUUCUUAAUGAGGAUGUUAAAACUAGAAGCUUUAUCAACCAAAACAACUCAGAGGGAAAGUUCAAAAAGUUCAUGCUUGAUUUUGCGCUGUGCAAUUUCCUUGCAAAGAGGCUUUGUCUACCAUCGAUCUGCUUUGUAUACAAAGCUGGAUGA